AUGAAUUUUCUUCUUCUUCUUCUACCCCUCCUCGCCUUCUGCGCUGCUACACCAUCUGAAUGUGGACCAAAUGAAAUCUUCAAGUCCUGUGGAUCUGCGUGUGAACCCUCUUGUUCCAAUCCCAAUGCUUCUAACCAACCAUGUCCUCAAGUAUGCAUUCCAAACAAAUGUCAAUGUCUGCCUCAAUUCGUCCGUAAUGAAUCGAAUGGGAAAUGUGUUCGAAUCAAUGAUUGUGAUAAGAAAUGUGGAGAGGAUGAGGAGUUUUUCGAGUGUGGAACCCAUUGUGAGCCAAUUUGUGCUCAACCGGACCCUCCUUGUAUCAAAUUGUGCAAACCAAAUGUCUGUCAAUGUUCCAAGGGGUUUGUGAGACAUGAAAAUGUAUGCAUCCGGGAGGCCAACUGCCCUAAAUGA